AUGGCUGAAGUUGACCGCCAAGCUCACAUCUCUGAGUUGUUUCGUGAAUACUACAAAAAGGAUCUCACUAUCCUUGUCAUGGGAAAAUUUGGUGUGGGUAAAUCUAGUCUAGUCAAUGCUAUAGUGGGGAAACCUGUCGCUGUAUCAGAAGCUCUUUCUGUCUACCAAAAUUGUGUCAGUGAAGCCAAGCAAUACCUUUGUAAAGUCGUUGAAGGGAUUGAUGUCCUUGUAUGGGAUUCUCCGGGCCUACAAGAUGGCGAAGAGAAAGACGACUUGUAUCUCGCAGACGUACAACAGAGAACUAAAGAAAUCGAUGUCAUAAUUUACUGUUUAAGGAUGGACGAUGCACGCUUUUACCCCGCAGACAAAAGGGCCAUCAAAAAUCUAACAGGCGUGUUUGGAAAGCAACUGUGGAAACAUACCGUAAUAGCACUCACCUUUGCUAAUGAAGUCCAGGAUCCAUUUGAUAAAGACCAACAGUCCUACUUCAUGAGCAGAUAUGCACUUUGGCGUGACACAAUUAAUUCCUUCUUUACAACUGAGCUGAACAUUGGCACUCACGAAUUACCUCGUAUGGUUCCAACCGGACAUCAUCGGCAACAACGAAGCCUACCCUAUUUGGAAGACUGGCUGACUAAACUCUGGAUGGCCUGUUGCAACGUUGCAAAUGCUAACGGAUCCUUCAAUUUGGUCAGAGACGAAGCUCACAACUCUUCAUGCAAAAUAAUUAUGAAAAAGUGCUUACUCUUCUGUGCAUUUGGCUUUGGAGUCACCUUAGUUUAUGCAUUAUUAAACUAUUUGCGCCCCAAGAAACCUAUGUAA